AUGUAUCUUUACGGUCGAACCUUUACACUGGUAACAGACAAUAAAGCCCUACAAUAUAUUUUCAAAAAUCCAAAAGCAAAAACACCAGCACGUAUAGAAAGAAUGUGUUUACGUCUGGCCCAAUACGAUUUCAUUGUAAAACAUCAUCCUGGUAAAGGCAAUCCAGCUGAUUAUUUAUCUCGCAAUCCAAUUAUAUCAGAAUUUAAAUCAUCAAAUGGUACUGAAGGAUAUAUUAAUUGUUUAUUUGAACAUGCCUUACCAAAAGCAACCACAAAAGAAGAAUUAUUGAACGAAAUUUUGAACGAUAAAAAAACAAAAGCAUUAUUGAGAUCAAAAGUGUAUUUUCUAGGUCUAGAUAAAUUGGUUGAAGCACGUUUGAGUAGUUGUUAUACUUGCCAAAUAAAUUCACCAACAGUGCAACAUGAACCAUGUCAAACGUCAGAAUUACCAUCAGGUCCAUGGCAAUUAAUUGCAUUAGAUUUUUAUGGCCCGACUGAGUCAGUGAAUACAACGGCAUCGCACUAUGUAUUACCAAAAUUACACGAAUCAUUGUCACUAUUUGGUAUUCCACAAAUAGUUAAAACUGACAAUGGCCCACCAUUUAAUGGAGCUGAAUUUGGCAAUUUUUGCAACUAUUAUGGCAUAAAACAUAGAGCUAUUACACCAUAUUGGCCAAGAGCUAACGCAGAAGCUGAGAGGUUUAUGCAAAAUUUAAGAAAGGUAUUCCAAAAUGCAAAUAUAAAUCAAAUAGAUUGGCAUUUUGAAUUGAAUCGGUUUCUUGCCGCAUACAGAGCAACUCCUCAUUCAACGACAGGAAUAGCACCGUCAAGUUUGUUAUUUAAGCACGAGUCCUGUUCAAGAUUGAUUCAAUUAUAUGAGAAACGUCCAUUUCAAUUUAAUAAUGAUGAUAUUUCAGCUAAAUUGAACGAUGAGGUAAAUAAACAAAAAGUGGCGAAAGAUUUCGAUAGCAGACAUAAAAUCAAAGAAGCAAAUUUUAAAAUUGGCGACGUAGUCUUAUAUCAACCCCCAAAGGCUUUACUAACUGAAAAUUCAAAUACAACAGCAACACGAUUUUAUUUAAUCAUUAUUCAUCUAACAAUAUUAGCAUAUAUCGAUAAAACAACAUCUGUUAGUGAUCGUAUUUAUUUUGCUGUAAUCCAUUUAACACAUUCGUUCGCUCCUAGAAAUAAUUCAAAAACAGCAGUGAAAAAUAAACAGAGUGAUAAAACAAAAUUUUUUAUCACAAAACCAACGUUUUUCUCCAUUGAAUUAAAUGCACAUACUUUAACAUAUGUAAGCAUGCUAUUGAUAAAUAAACAAUUACCACCUGAAUCAUUAAAUAUAUAUGUAUUUAGUUCACAAUCAUGCGAAGCCACGUUUCGAAAUUGCAGAGCGUUAUCAGGAACGUUUUCAUCAGCAACAAAUUUUAAUGUACAGGAGUUUAUCAAACGAAAUGAAAAAUUAGCUGUUUUAAGUGAAAUUAAAACAUAUGAAAAUUUAACGAAAAAUGACUAUCAUAUUAGAUAUCCUGUGCAUCAUAAACUUCAUCAUGAGAAAAAAGUAUUAUCUUUGUUUAACAGUGAUGAACAAAUAAGGAUGUCCAAUAUAGAAGAAUUGAUUAACGAAUCUUAUGAAGUUGCAAAAGGUUUCAUUGAAAAAUUAGAUAUGUCGGAUAUUUUGAUCGAGAACGGUUCAUUUGAAUUACAUGAAUUAAGCGAAAACGUAUCGAAUAAAUUAACACACACUGGAAGAACAACAGAUUACUCGCAAAUUAGCGAAAUGGAUGGAAUUAACGAAGAAGAGGAGAGUGAUAUCGAGUUGAUUGCUGAUGAAUUGAUAAUAUCUGAUGAAGAUGAAAAUGAAGAAUUGAAUGGUGAUGAUGUAAAAGAUAAUAACAACGAUGAUAAUCAGAAUCUGCCACUAACAACAGCUAGGAUGGCGUUCAGUGGAAUGAGAAUUCAUGAUGAAAUCAAUGUGGCUAAUAAACAAGCUUAUUUUUUCAUAAAAGUUAACAACAGCGUAAAAUAUAUGCACAAACAAACUGCAUGCUGGUAUUUGAUGGGUGAUAAAAACCAUUUAUCAUCUGAUAGACUUCUACGAGUUCAGCAAAAGCAACGUUGGUUUAAAAUAACUAUUUUGAGAUGA